UGGCAAUUUCAACGAUGGCGGAUAACUCUGGUGUUACAAACAAAGGAAAUAUCAUCAACAAAACCAUGUCAUGAUUCUACCAAACUCGAAUAAUACCAUUUGUACGACAUGACUACUUGGUACACGUCUGACACGAGUCCUUCAGGUAAUCUGUAAGCGUUAAACAUCUGCGAAUUGAGGGAUUUUUCCGACAUGGCUCACACCCAGAGACGUCCAUCACUAGCUUAGUUUGGUACAAUGGAUCAUCACUCGUUUUGUCGCACAACUCGCUAUCCGAAUCAUGAGAGUAUUAAUCAGACAUUUACCUCUAUGUUAGUCAGCUCGACUCGCUCUAACGUGAUGUUUUUCUGUUUUGAUCCAAUAUUUUAGGGCCAAGUAAUGUCGGCUAUUAUCCGUCUAACAAAUAUGGUCUCCCGCAAUCGCAAUACGAAACUUCAAGGUAAGAGAAUUUUGCCUCGCAAUUUUUUUUCUAUUCACCGAUCACUUGAUAAGGUAGGUGUUUGCCUUCUGAAUUUUGAAGUGAAGAGUCCAUCUAUUGAUUGAGUCAAAAUAUACAGGAAUUGUUUAUUUAAGCAAAAAUGCAGAGACCGGCGCACGAUAUCCAGUUUCCCAGACGACAGAUUGAUGAGAGUGUUAAUCGUAUUUGUUUGUUCUGAGGCGACUAAUCUUUUUUCCGGCUUUUAAAGAUGUCGUGUGCCUUACGAAAAAUUCGUUAAGACUUUAGGCGGAUAUGGAUUAUUGUAGAUAUGAGACAGUGUUCGUCUGAUGAAAAGUUAAAGCGAAUGAGCUUUAAUAUUGUUAAAAAAUUCAUGGAUUUUGCUUUUUGUAAUACUUUCUACUAACAACAUCAGUGACCUUAACUUGUAUGUUUAAGUAAACCGCUCAGAAGUGUUAUAGUACAUUCACGCAGGGUAAUGGUGCAUUUUGUACGCAGUACUGUAAUUUCAAAUGAAAAUUUGAAUUAAACUUUCACUGAACGCAAGCUAUAAAGAUUUAGCCAAAUAUCAAGAGGAUGUUCGCGCCGAAACGAAUUCUUCUGUUCUUCACUCAAAUGUUAUCAAAUUUUUAGUCAGGGAAUGAUCUAGUUACAAAGUUUUUUGAAGGGUAAGUCUGUUUGUUUUGGAGUUGUGUUACAAAUUUUCAUAGACUGAGCUAAUUUUAAAAGCUUAAGUCACUUGAUGUGACUUUGUUAAUUCGUCUCUGUCAGCAAAAAUAGAUGCAAUUUAUGAGGAAUUGUGACAAAAGUGAAAAAAAUAAAGAUAAAUUUUGAAACAAAAUGAUGAACUUGUGUCAAGAUCGUUCUAAACAGAAAGUGAUGUGUUUUAAAUUUGGCAUUGUACUAUUAGAUAGUACACUGUUACUUAUAUUUUCACCGCAAAUAUUCAUAUUUUGCUAGUCAACCAACCAUAAGACUUAAGUGCUUUUGCAUUUGUGAAGAGAAUCCAUAAUUGGUAUCAGUACUUAGUUAAAGUGCAAGAGUUCAAAAGGUGGAAAAUUAGCCCAUAGUCCUGUACUUUAUUAAUAUUUAUGUUAUGAUAAAAAAGUCUGGGGCAGACAUACUGCAAAUAAUCAUGAUCUAUUUGAAAUUCUUUUUAUUCAAUUUUCUCCAGUCUUGCACCUUAUUCAUGAAUAUUAUAUUGGUCAAUGCUUCUAGUGACUUGGUUCCCUAAUGUAACUUAGAUCACUACACAUAAAAUCAAAUUUUAUUCUUCACUUGCUUGGAUCAAUAGAGCUUUGGUGCUGAAAAAAAAAAAGAAAAAAAAAAAAAAAAAGCAAAAGAAGGACAUUAUGUUAAAAUUUGUUAAACCCUUUGCUACUAAGUAAAGGGACUGACUAGCUUGUAUAAUCUCACUAAGGUGUCACUGCUGAAUAAAAUGUUUGGUUCAUGAGAAUUCAAAAAAUGAUCUUAAACUUAAAAAGAUCUUGAUUUUAGCAUGAAUCCCCUUGUGAGGGUCUUAAGAAAUGUAUGGAGAACAGUGGAGAGAAUAUGCCUACUGAUGUUAGGGUGUAAGGAGCCAAAGUUUAGAUCAAUUUUUAAAAAGUAAUUCAAAAUUCCAUUGAGAGCGUCAAGACAAACUUUGUUAAGAUGUGUUAAGAGUUUUUCAUUUCCAUUCAGGGCAAGUACAAUUUGUAGUAUGUGAAAAUACUUAAAUAAGUGUUUUUAUUUCAAUUUGCAUGGUAAUCUGAUACAUGUUAUUUUGAUAUAGAUGAAAAAAUUUUAAGAUGUUCAUGAGCUUAGCAUGCAGAAUCAUAGGGCUCAAAUGAUCCAUUCAAACCCAAGAAAUGUCCUUGUGUCUGGUCAAAACGACAGUGUCUAAUCAAAAUUUCAAUUUUCAUAAUGUUAUACACAUAACCCUUCAAUCCCAAAAAGUGAUUAGCAUCUGUUAUUAUUUAAUUACAAUAUCAACCCUGAAUUGCACAUUCUUGUCACAAUAUGAAGAAGCUCUUCAUUGUUAAACAAAUUCUCCUUGUUAGAAUUUUAAGAAGUGAGCCUUGUAAUGUUAAGGUGUAGGGCCAUUGAGUUUAUAAGGGGCAAAAAAAUUCAAAGCUCUGCUAAAGGUUUUGCUACCUUUUUGGGGGACUGUUUUAACUAUUUCCUGUACUAUAUUUCCUCCUCUCUGCCUUCUGUUGCUUGAAAACUGCACUACAUCUAGCCAACCAGAGCAAAUCAAUUUUCCCAUGUACAGCUGUCUAUUACCAUUGAAAGAGAAUUACAAAUUCAAUAAAAAUCAAAGACAUAUUGGGUAGUAGUCAUUAAAUUGAUCAGACAUGAAAUUCUCAUAACUAAAUAUACAAGGAAAUGGGUAGCAGGUAGAGCAGAGAAUUAACAAAUAGAUCUUGAGAGUUAAAGGGUUGGUACUUCAAACGCUGUAUCACUGAGCUUUAGGAGAUUUUUGGUGGACUAGAUCAUUUUUGUAAGUCCAUGGUGUCAAACUUCUUGCAUACUGUUAGGAUAGGAAUGUUGAUAUGAAAUACAAGUGCAAUGAUGAUGUAAUGAAGAUGGUAUAUUACUAUCGGUCUUAUAUACCAGUAAACCAAUAGAUAGUGCAUUUAACCUUUUAACUCCUUGGUGUGAUUAACACGUAACUUCUCUCCAUAAUAUCCUUACAUUACACAGCUAACAGAUUAUGAGAAUACUCAAACUCAUCAGGUUGUAGUAGUUAUCUUGAUAUAACACCAAAUUCUUGUAAGUAAUUUACGAGGAAAGGUUUAGCAGCUUGUGGGGAGAAUUAAGAAUCUGAUCUUGGGAGUUAAAAGGUUAACUGCCUCAGUAUAAACAAACUAUCAAUCUCUCCUUUCAGCCACAGCUCUAGAGUGAUGAAGUUACCUUUGAAUUUUACUGGAACAACAAAACGAAGUGUUACUAUGGAAAAAACUUCACCACAAGACAACAAGGUAUGGAUUUAUUUCUUUGUAAUGAAACAUAGUUAAAAAACUGCACUUGGCCCUUAAAAAUCCUCACAAUGUGAGGUCUAUAAAGAUGUGGAGCUUGAAAAUUACUUGUACACCUGUUGAUAUGAAUGUAUAGAAUAGACUUAAUUUAUAUCUUUAAAAGCCAUGUUGUUUAAGAGUUCAAACUUUUGUGAAAGAGUAGGUUAUACAUUUGAGUAAAUUAGCUAUCAAUAUUCUCAUUUUUAGGUGGUAACCAGUAAAAUUCACUGCCUGUUGUACCUCUUGUGACUGCCCAAAAUUGCUUAGAAUUCUUCAAAAUUCUACUGGUUAAAGGAUUUUUUUUCAACAAGUUUGAAAAUUUCUUUUACCUGUUGUGUUUAAAAUGAGUAAGAAUACUCAGUGAUAUCAGAGGUACAUAUUACUAGAAUCAUGCUUUUGACAGGCUACUUGUAGCCCAAUACAUUAUGGCAGAGAGAAUAUCUGAUGCAAGUAAAGUUGUUUUCUGGUAUUUGUUAUGUUUUGCUUUUGUUUUGUUGUUUUAUUUUUUGGGUAUACUGCAUAAAAAGUGCCAUAAAGAGAGAGAAUGCAACUGAAGUAUUUCAAAAAAACUCUUUGAUCAUUUCUUCUUCCAGGGUGACUUUGUUCAUGAUGACUCUACUUGGGUAACUGGAACUUACAAGAAAGUCAGGUAAGUCCCAAUUGUUUUUUUUUUCCUUAUUAAGUGUCAACCAGUUAUUGCUCAGUACUUAUUCUUUGGAGAGUUAAGUGCCGUGUUCCCAGAUUUUCAAAGUAGAGAAAGGUUGAUACGGAGAGAAAGAAGGGAGGGACUUGUUUUUUUGAGGAAGGAAGUUGUUAGGUUUCUUCAGCUCCUGCCCUCAAACCACCACUUCUUUCCCAAAAAGUAAGAAAGACUGACUUGCCAAACUUUGGCUGGCUUUUCUGCAACCUAAUCAAUACACCUGUGAUACCUUAAGAGUCAGUGAUACAUUCUGUGAAAAGUGUUCACCUCCUUGUGAUUUUACCUUGACACUAUGUCCUCACAUUUAUGCUUGUGAAUAAAGGAAUAAUUUGAAUCCUUUAUUUAUUGUGACUUAAUACCCCAGAAACAAGGCUCAUUCCAGGCCUGCCCUUCAUGUCUUGCUGUUUCACUGCUCAGUGCUGCAGUACCAAUGAUAGCCUGUUGGUAGGCUACUGUUAUUAUACUGACAUACCCCAAGAUGUACAGAAACAGGAUAUGAUUUGGUUUUAUCUGAUGAGUUGAUAUUGUAUUCAAUUUAAACUUUCACUCUGAUGAAGGGCUGUUACUUGAAACGUCAAUUUUAGAAACUCUCUAGGGUGACCAAUAACUAAGCGUAGUUCAUUUAUGGUUUAAAAGGCAACAUGGUGGAAACUCUCGUUUUCCAAGGAUAGAGGACAUGCCACAUUUUCAUUACGACUUUGUGGACCUUGGUGAGCAAGUGAAGGUGAGUUGAAACAUGAUAUCAAUUUUCCUGUGCUUGAGUGUGGAGUUGCUUCAUAAGUACAUCCAUGAACUGUGAAAAUUGUUUUCACAAUUUUUGCAUCAUUGGUUGUGUAGUAAAUCAGGGCAUGGCUUCUCUUGACUUCUAGACCAUAGGAGAUUUCACCAGCUUAAUCAAACUUAGUCAAGUGCAGUGUACUUGUACAAGGACGUGGAGCUUAUUUGCAGCAGAGAAUUUGAACCAAAUUCCCACACCAUGAGUUCCGAGAAAAACGAUUCGUGUGAAAGCUUAAAACUCACUACAGUGAUAUAACUCUUUUCUUACAGUCGGCUAAUUAAUUUCAUGCAUUUGAAAAUUGUUUCUUUUAAAGUAAGAAAGAAAAUUAAUUCUUCAUAUCAAACUUGGAAAGCUAUUGCUGAUAAAGUUUAGUUUUAUUUCGUGAUUUCAACGCUGCUCGAUUCAUAUCUUUAUACGGCCAAGCUCUGGUGUUAGAUAUGCUCAAUAUGUGAUGAUAUGAUAUGUCACGGUCGAUGCUCUGUCCACGCAACAACCUUAGAGGAGAUGUACAUGUAUGAUCCAAAAGCUAUGUAAUUUUUAUCGUGACGUAAAAAAGUAAAAUAAGAAUUCACUUCGUUUACUUACCGUCUUUGGCCAUUCCAAACGAUAGCCUAAACGUCUGUGAAAAUUAACUUUAAAUGCGCCGAGUUUUUUGAUCGGUCUUUCGUAUCAAUUCACCUGAUGAAGAUGCAUGACGUCCAAGAAUUCAUCUAAAAAGGUGGACGCCAAAUCGCGUGGAGCACAAACAACUUGCACUUUGGCGUUCAGUCUCUGUUUUAGUUAGGUGACGCACUCGGAUCGUAUGUACGGUUCGAGUGCAGCCAUAUUGUUAAAUUCUGUUAAGUCUCACACAAGCGGCCUUACUAUCCAACUGCAUGCACUAAGUAGAGCAAAAAUUAAGGGCGAAUCGAGGACAAAUUUCCUGCGAUAUUAAAGUUAAAGCUUUCAGAGCUUAAUACUAAUGUGAUAUUGGACAUUUAAUUAUUUUGUACUGUAAAAACAGCUAUCUAACUGAUCGGCUGGCGGCGCACAACACUUCUUUAUCUGCUUCGCUUUUCCCAAUCAAUUUUUAAGAAAUGCGCACGAAAUAAAGCAGUUGAAUAACAAAUAACUUAAAUAACUUAUUAAACGUUUUGGUGUGUGGUAUCGUUGAGUAAUUUCACUCAUUGUUUUUAUUUUUGCUAGCCCUGCAGGCUCGUCAAAAUACGGCACAACUAUUAAAAAUACUCAGCGAUACUACACACCAAAACGUUUAAGACGCUGUAUAGGUUAGAAACUAAUAUUUGACAUGACAGUUCCGAAUUCAAACUUUCAAAACGCGUGUCACCAAAUUUUCGUGGUUUAGUAACUCUUUGUUUUCUCAAAACUCGACAUGUUUCAUAAUAGCAAGUGCGCUUUUAAAAUGGCGGAGAUUUAUACUAUAGUUUCUGGGGCAUAUUUGAUGUAAGCUAAGAACUCAGAGAUAUCGUAGUAGUUACAUCUAUAAUGUGUAUUUGUAAGGCAAUGGGGUAAAACAAUUGAUGUAAUGAACUUGGCUUUUCACUGGUGGAAGCCUAAAUUCCAAAUUUUUUAAACACUUACGAAUUCAUGGCACAUUUUUCAUCCUAAUAAACCGAGCGCCGAACACUACCGAUGCCUCAAUGCAACGUGUUGGUCUUUUUUACUUACAGCUACCUCUACAGUCAUGUCCUAGUUGUGUUCUUUUUGCCUUUGUUCCCCCUAUUACUUUGGGAGAGGUCUGAAAGCGAAAGAGUGCCUUUCUUUAAUGCAAUAUUGUGUGUUCUCAUUUACCUGGCCCACAGAUAGGUCUUUACACAGACAAUGGAGGCGACAAACGAUACCAUAACGGAACUGCAGAGGAAGGAACACUUCUGGUUAGUAAAGAGACUGUCAUGUUCUCAUUACUUUGGGGAGAAGGGCUAGAGGUGCCGCUAAAAAUAUCACCUCUAGGGGGCGUUGUUGUGUUGGCAAAAUGACGCUACAUGCUGUUUGUCCGAACUAAAGCCGAAGUAGGAUCAUUUCAACUAAGGCAUAAUCUUCUUUAAAUUUGUUACUGAGCUACCUGUAAAUGUAAUUACAUGAACGAGAUUGACAUACCCGUGGUGACCAAUAAAAUUAAUUGAUGAGAAGUAUAAUGAUAUUAUUAGGCUUUUUGAUCUUGGAAUUACUUAGAAACAGUGCACUACAUCAUUCUUCAGGGUGGUGAUAUACUUCAUAUGGAGUGAUUUCUUUUGGAGUGCAGGAAUUAUUACUUUUCGCCCGUGAUUGCGAAUAUAAGUCACCUUCUGUGCUAGGACGCAUUUCGAUUGAAUGUCUUAGUUCGUAAAACCGUAACCAAAAUAAUCGAUGUAAGCCAGUGAGAACGCCAAUGAGAACGCAAAGUAAAGACAUUUCAACUGCUUAAAGCGCGGGAAAACGAGAGUGACCAAGCCACGAUUGGUUUUAAUUGUGAACCUGAUUGGUUGAGAAAAUGGCGCGAGUUAAUCUGGACCAAUCACGGAGUAGAAGUAGAGAGAAGUAACGCAAAGACCAAUACAAUCUAGAUGUCUUUCGACACUCAAUUGAAAAUCGCCUUCAUUCAGAUACGAAACUGAAACCAAUCACGAUUUGGUCACUCGUGUUUUCCCGCGCUUUAAGCAGUUGCUUUUGUUUACUUUCGGUUCCUCAUGGGCUUUUUGUAAUAUUUACUCGGUUUUGUUCUGAUUGACCUUAUUUGAUAUGGUGAUCUUAAGUCGAAAACCAGUCUAAUUUUCCAACUGGCAUUUGAAAUACAAGCGCAGUCAGAGCGCUAAGUCUGAGAAAGGAAAAUGUUAUUAUGUGGCAGGCGGAGGUUGUUACUUUUGCACUGUAAGGGUUUCAUGAAAGGAUGGACACGGGGCAUGUUGCAUGACAAUACAGGAAAACUGUCAAAACAGGACCAGGCAAAGUCCGUUGUGUUCCAUUUCAUUGGAUUACGUCAUAAAUUUACCCCCCGCUUUGGGUUUUUCAUACUUCAUUUAGAAGCAAAAUAUUUGGAAACACUAUUGCCCAAACUCUUACUUCUUGUAAGCUCAGAAAUUCUCGCCGUCUAGUUAACAUCAAAAGAAGGUUUGACUAUGUUUUCCUGUCGUUGGUGGUAGAGAAACAUGCAUCACUGAUUUUAAUCUCGAUGUCUUGUAUUUAAGUUUUUGCUGUGAUGUUGUAGGUGAUAUUUGCCUUAUUACACUAUCGAGACAAUGGGCAAUUUGCCGUAAGGGAUUUAUUGUUAUAGCUAAUAACCAGACGAUUUGUUUUGACUUCAAAAGCUUUCAUUUCACUCUGAAUUCAAUAUCGUUAUAUCAGCCUGACACACCCUCUCUAAUUGAGUUCUCGCGUUGAAUGUUGGGUAAAACGGUCUUUAGUUUCCUUUAUGUUAGAAAUACAAGGUGUAUUGUGCUCGUUCUUUGUAUUCUCGUGGGAAUUUGAAGGAGGAAAUUUAACAAGUCUUAAAUUCUAUAACAGGUUAACGUUAUAUGCAGAGGAAAGUCGUGGAUUUUGACGAGGACAAUCGGUAACUUGCGGCUCCUUGAUCGCGCACUUCACAGGUAAAAUUUUUUGCGGAGCACACAUUGUGUAACACCGUAGCUAGGCAUGAUUUACUUAGUUAAAUGUCCUUUUACUAAACGUUUUAAUCCCUAAUUGUGGGAUUAGAAUCUCCUCGAACGCACCACGCACACAUUGUGACAGGAAUACUUUUAUAUAAUUAUGUCGACGUAAACAUGAGUUUAUUCCUCAGACUUCUAACAAGUGGAAAAUUGGUUUGUGAAGAAUUAAGUUCUUGUAUCCAAUUUACCUUUUUUACAACACAGUUGUAUAUUUAUUGCUGAGUUAUUGUUAUUUUUUUGUAAUUUACGUUUAACAAGUUCAAAGCUGCAAAGUGCGUGUGCAUUGAAAUAAAUCUGGGCGCUUCAUGAUGGCAUGAGUGAAUUUUAUUUUCACAAUUGCAUCCUUCCCCUAUUCGUAGAGGUUCCGCCAACGGAUGGAAUAUGCACGCUUUCAAGAUUUUUCAUCAGCCGUCGACAGAAUGAAGAAAGUUUCAAAUGUUAACGAAACCUUAAGUCUUGAAAGACUAUCCAAACGAAUGUUUAUUUGUAACGAAAUUUGGCUGAAAAUGACAGUUUGGAUGCGAAAAGUUAAUCCGCGAAAUUAACAUGCUUAAGAAGCAUUUACUUCGUGUGACAAUAUCAUUUUGCUCAGUCAGUCGUAAAAAGCGUGCAAUACUGAAUUUUUAGUUCGUCGUAGGAAGUACGCUUUGAUAAAAUUUUUAAGUUAAGGAUUUGGUGAGUAUUGUACGCCAUCAAUUCAAAAUUGCUUGCUUGGAUUUAUGGAAUCAUAAAUGGGCUUCAUAACUUUUCCGCGCCUUCGUUUAAGAUAAAAUUGUUCCACUUGCUCAGCCAUAAAAGUGAGGUAUGUAUCCACUUGGCAGGAGAUCAUAGAAAUUUGGAAAGUACAGAAUUUGGAACAGGCAAAUCGGGAGUUGUCUCUUAUUUAGUCAAUAUAUAAGGAAAUGAGUGGGCCAAUUUGAUUUGAGUUGUGUUUAAUGUGUGCACGAAAUACUGAAUUUCCUAUGUUAACACCCCUCCACAACAAGUGUUUUUUCCGUCAUCGAAAUUUUAAAACUCGAUGAUAUGCAUGUUAUUUCCUCUGUGUUUGUCGUUGUAAACUGGUUGCUAUUUUCAUUUCGAGUGUUUUCUGCGCUUGACACCGGUGGCAUGUCUUUUCUUUUUCCUGUGAUUGGUCAGUUAAGCAGACCGCUGCUUGUGAUUGGUCAUGAGUCGUGGCGAACACUGGUGAACGUGCAAGCACAACUGGCUGAUCAAACUGUUUUUCGUUUGCAAAAUGUGUGACGAAGUCUGAUUUUGCGCACUCGAGAGCAUAUCCGCGUUUUUUUUUUUUUUGCCGUUUUACUGUUUCACUCAGGUUUUUAAAAUAAUCCAUAAUGGAAUGAUAGCACCUUCCUAUGGUAUGAAAUGGCUUGUGAUUUGAAAAUACACGGGUUAAAUUGGUUGAUCAGCAAAGUGCUUGGUUGGCCAGCAAAGUGCGAUUAUCCACCUCGUAAGAGCUGUCUGCUUGACUUUAAUUUCCGUCGACUGUUUUAGAUAGUUUUUGGUCAGUAUAUUCUUAUAUUAGGGCUUAUUGUUGUUGUUGUUAUCAUCAUUAUUAUUAUUAGUGUUGUUGUGGAUAUUAUCAUUAUACUUUAAAUUUUGUUUAUGUUUUUUAGGUGCCUAUUUGACAGAAGUCAUAGCAAAUUAAAAUCUCUCGCACGCCUUCCCGACAGUGAAAAAUAUUGCAGGAGCGAAGUAAGUUACUCUCAGAAAAAAAAGACGCUUCUCUCGCGUUCUUUUCUUACGCCUUUUCCGAGUUUCCUACGUUUUUCAUUUAUAGCGGAGCUCACAGAGCGUAGCCCCAUAAUUAUACAAAAUAUUAGUAACCCAUCAAGCCGAAAAAAUUUGGAUGUACGACCGUACGACCGUACAGGGUGCUACUUUUAACAUGCGUGGUCAACUGUACCGCGGGCACGCCAACGCCACGGCUUUGUCCAGUAGUCCAGUGGUCAGUGCACUGGGCUCCGAGACGGACGACCCGGGUUCUAGUCCUGGCUGGGGCAAGGCGUUGUGCCCUUGAGAUGUGCGGGAAAAAAAAUGCGAGCUCCGCUUUUGGGCUUGGCUAAAUCUAUAUAUUAGUAACUUGAGGGUUGGCGUGUAUCUAAGUUGAAAGCUCACUCGCGAGUGGCCGUAAUAGGCACAUACCGGCAAAUUUAUAACUAAGUCAUCUGAAAUGAUUUUUUGGCUCAAAGGAGGCUUUUACGGAAAGAUGCUAUUUGUCUCCGCCUUGAAAGAAAGGAAAACUUGUGACCCUUGAUCCGUAUCGAGUUCUGGUUUACCGUUUGAGAGCUCUAUCAACGGAGCAACAGACUGGUACAAGCUUAGAGUCCUGCACCCAGCCAAGAUCAGCGUAGUCGAAAGUUUCUUGUGUACCGAGAGAGUAGGGAUUCGGGUACUUUUAAACAAGGUUGUUUAACACUUGUCGUGACCGCAUCAUCAUUCACGUUGUUUUUACAGGAAUGUUUUCAGAUGGUACAGGGUUACCUGGCCAGAGUAUCCGAGCUUGCUGAUGAUGCUAUGAACUGUAGUGCAGUCUUGAACUGGCUCGAGGUGAGUUGUCGAAAGAAAGCUUAUAUCUGUAUGUUCUAGUCUUGUAAUUACUGCACAAGUGAAGGCACGCUUUUUGGAACUAGCCAAUUGCUUGUUCAACCAGAAAACUGUAAUUUUUUAAGAUUUCUGCAUUUUUAAGAGAGCUCGCUCCCAUUUGAUUCCAAAUUUCUUCACUUCAAUGUCUCUCAAUUUUUACUAAUUAGAGCUUUGUUCUCAAAAAAUUUCCAUAACGAAAAUGACAAGACAAAUUCUGGGAAUUUUUCCGGCCCCGGCUUUCAUAGUGUGACAAACUUAUCAUGUCCAUGACUUCAUUUCUAACUUGUCAGCUCGAUAACCAUGGAAACCACACGUUACUGACAGACGAAUCACCAAUCAACGUUCCAGGAAUAGCAGCUGCUCACGUGGUCAAACGAUACACCGCGCAAGCCGUGGACGAACUUUCUCUUGAGGUAAGUUGAAGACCACAAAAAGAAAGUGAUAUACCCUGGAAAGUCACCAGUAAACAAUGAGACGCUUGGGUGGAGAAAGGAGUCGAGGGAUGCUAGUAUAGUAUUUUGAAAAUGAAAGAUGAAAUAGGGAAACCGGAUCCGCUCGCAGACCCUCAAUCCCGGUUUUUACAAGUAAACAGCAAUUCCAUAGACCAUUUCAUAAUGCUGCCUAUGAUUAUUAUUAUUAUUAUUAUUUUAUGUGCAUUCAAUUGAUCCCGCUUGGCCUCGCUUCUGAGUGGUAAUUCUGCCGUUUUGAAAGAUGUUUUGAAGGCCAGAUUAGGUGACUGACGGAUCUUCCCACCUGAGUACAUUUCGUGGUCAGAUACUCUACAAUUGAUCUUUGGAGGUCUUGCUGUUGAGCUAUGAGAUCCUAGCAGUGUACAGAACACAUGCCUAAGUUUAUGGCCAGGCUCUACAUCUAGUUCUCUCUACUUCAGUGGAAGAGCAUCGGUCUGUGAAUUCCGAAGAUCUGAGGUUCAAAACAUCAUGGGUGCACUCAGCUAUUUUAGCUUAUCUUACACUUGUGCCCGACGAAUAGCUUCUUCCUUCAACCUCUUUUUUUCUUUUCGUAUGACCUCGUAGACAAUGACUUGGUUUUGUUUUUCCUUUGAAGGAUUAGUAGGAGACCAUAGCGUGAUCGCGUGACCAAACUUGAUUUAAAAUGCAAAGUGUGCAAACAGCCUUGGAAGCAUUGAAAUACCUUUAUCAAGACUGUCAUUUUAGAAAUUUUGGAAUGUUAAUUGAUUUUUGCAUCUUGCACUGUAAGCUAUUCAAAACUACUUUCAACUCAAACCAAAUGGCUUGAUGUAGAGGUUGAAGUGUGGAAGUCAUCCUUUAUCUUGUGUCGUAAUCAGUGUGAAACUGGUCAUCGGUCGCAGUUUAGUUAAGUUAAAUUGAAAUUUUUUUUACAUCUUCUUUUGGCCCAUUUUUCCUGUGUAACUUGCGUGGCUUUGCAAAAAAUAUGUUAAAAUAAUUGUGAAAUCAUUGCACGUUGUGCUCUUAAGCAUCUCUAAUGAGAUUUUCAAGUUCGUUUAGUUAAACUCUUCGUGUUUCAUGCUAUAGUGAUUUUGAAGGGUUGCUCGGUUUACCUCCUUUACCCACUUACAUGACUUAAAGUGUUCUUUGUUUACCUUCUGUUUUUUUUGUUUGUCUUAUUAUUUCUCCUAUUUAUUUAGAUUCAACAGUUCUCAUUUAUUAUUUCAGAGUUAUUUAAUUUUCUUUGAUUAUGGUUAUUAUUUUUGGUUUUGUGUGGAAAAUUCUAAUUAAAUAGCCCUUUGCAUCAGAAAAUUUCAACGACACUCGCGAAAGAGUAAGAUCGCUCGUAGGACGUCAAACAUGCACGUGAAACUUGGCGUGCAUUUUAAUUGAGUGUCGCAAUAAUAGAAAACUGCUAUGAUUAAAACAGGCACUCAGAACGAAAGAAAAUAAUACACCUGGAACUGGUGAAACCUCCAAAGUGACACAUUUAACCUUUCCUAUAUGCGAGAGAGCGCGUUGUUGUCGCGUCUGAUUCUGGUUUCCAUCCAAUAAGUUGAGAGUUUGCGCGAGUUUUCUAGACCAAUCACAGUGCCAAGAAAGCGAAACGAUUGCAAUCUCGGAUAAAUUUCGACUCUAAAUUGAAAAGCGGUACCAUUUUUUCUGCUAUGUACAGUCUACAGGUAACUGUUGUUAAUCCAAGAAACACUUUCUUGAAAAAUUUGAUUUUAAAAAAUGGAUAAAGUCUAUGGGCUUAUGUUGCGCAUGACUUCAUUUAAAAAAAAUCGAAACUGUUUGCAUGCAUCUUCUGCUAAGAUGACGUCAUGCAAACGGCUUUUGUUUUGUGUUGUGAUCAAGAGUACUUGUGGAUAAAUGGCAAGACUGAUAACUGCUCGUAAUAAUUCAAUUGCCAUGAUGUUCCUGACUUUAGACAUUUCUUAGCCGUGCACUGAAGCAUCUAUAUAUUUUUUCGGCUAUGAAAUAGAAUGAAGAUUUUUUCGAUCACUGAUACUGUGGUGACGGCGGGCCUUUAGUAGUUUUGCAAUUACCAUGUAAGCGAUUCAUAUAGCCUGAAGCGGCCCCUUAUGACGUGGGAAUCAAUCCAUUCUCCUCCUCAUAGCGUAUCCGCUUUGUUUUCCUUCACAAAGAAAUGCAGAAAUCCACUGAUAUUGUGGACUGUAUGUCCGCCGAAGGUACUUUCUAACAAUGCUUGCCAGGUUUCAUUUUCAUUUCACUGUGUUUUGUACGUAGAUAUUUUUAAGUGUGACUUUUCUCUAUCGGUACUACUUUAGGUUGGAGGGAUCAUCUCUGUGAUUGAUAUGCCCCCUGUUGAUGAAAGUUUGUGGUGGAGAGGAAAACAAGGAUUCGAGGUAAUUAUAAGCUGAAUUUUAUUUCCUUCAGAGGCUACGAAACUGUGCCGAUUUACUAGCGUUCAUGAGUGGUACAUUGUAUCCAAGUACGUUACACGUCAAAGUAGAUUGUUGAGAAUUAUAAAAGAACUGUAAGACUUUCCACGUCGGUACUGUGGCUUUGUUUACAAAGUGCGAUAAUGCUCUGUGCUUAAACUAUGGGUAAAUAUUUACUGUUACCACUUUUAUUCAUUGUUGAAGGCAAAUAAGAGAAACUGAUGUAGUGAGGGUUUACCACGCGCCUUGUUUAAAUGCAAUUUACUUUUUGUUUAUUGCUUAAGAUGUUAGAGCGUAGCAAACAAUUGAAGGAGUUAGUUUGAAUAUUGUUAACUGAUAUCAUUCUUAGAUGCCAAUAUAUGAGUUGAUCGCUAAAAAGAUUUCAAACCCGUUUUUCACCCAUCAAUCUAGUUCGAAUGAGUCAGAGUUCCUGUUAUUACUUAAACUGAACCCUGUUCAGUAUAGUCUGUGUUGCCCCAACAUAAGUAGUUAAUAAUAACUGACUGCUCAAAGCUUCAUACGGUUUCGUUCUGCAUCACCGAGAAAAAUUUUGUUUUUAAAGUAGAUGGGUUGAAAUUUAUUUGAGACGAAAUCUAUUGUUGCCACUUCCCUAUUAUUGCCGCCAUCAUUCUAUUGGUCUAAGGAAACAUCUACUCCUGGAAAAAAGACUUCUUUCUUAAGCGAAUGAUGAAGGGCUAAAGAAACUCUUAACGGUGGCCAAUUAACGUUAGCAACUCAGUUGAUUACACUUAAUUACUCUUGAAUUUUACCUGAGGAUAUAAUAUAACUUCUCCAUACUUAUUUACAGUGAGGGUGUAAAGACAACUCUCUUACGAGCUAGAUAUCGAUCAUUCUAACAAACCUUCUUGGUAAUUUUCAGGUAGGAUUUUUUCCAAGUCAGUGCGUUGAGGUAAUCAGUGACAAAACGGACGGAAAUACCCCCCUGCCAGGUCACGCGGCCCCCUCAAAUAUGACACCAGGUUUGUGUAUUCAUCGGUGUAACUUUACUUUUUUUUAAGAUUGCUCGAGACACUUUUUUUAAAAUCCCAGUUAGUUGAUCAGUCGGUUGGUUAGUUAGUCAGUUGGUCGGUUGGACAGUCAGUCAGUCAGUCGGUAGAUUAAUUACUUAGCCAGAAAAUUCACUGAUUGGACAGUCAGUCAGUCAGUCAGUUAGCCAGUAGUUUAAUGAAAAGACUGAUCGGUCGGUCGGUCAGUCAGUCAGUCAGUUGGUCAUGCCUGAAUAUUUUGAUGCUAGAAGUAUGGAAAUGCACCCUCUCUCUUUCGUGCGUAUUUUUUCAUUGAGUUAAUUAUUUGUCUUUUGUUUUAUUUCUAAAGUUGCAAAGAAGCGAGGUAAAAUUGUGUCUUUCUUGAGACUGUUCCUAUCCUCCCGCCCAUCAAAGGCGAGGCUUUUGCAGAGUGGUAUUCUAAAGUGAGUAGUCAAAUAUUUUAUUUCAUACGCUGUCCAGCUUGAAAUUUUUCCAAGGCUACGCGAGAUUUCAGUUAAAAAAGUUUGACCUUUGGUGGCAAAGGGUAACUUGAGUUUGUCCUCCUUUUGCUUUCAGGGAACGGACAUUUGGUUGCGACUUGGGCGAGCAUUUAGUGAAAACCAACCAGCAAGGUGAGAUAAUAUUUAGGAGACGAUCCAUGGAACUUGAACGUCUGCAUUCUCGUCUAAAAUGGUUUAAUAAAACUCCUUCUCCUUUCAGUUCCUCUGGUGUUGGUAAAAUGUGCCGAGGUGAUCGAGAAAAAUGGCAUCGUAGAUGGGAUUUAUCGUCUCUCCGGCAUGUCAUCCAACAUUCAGAAACUCAGGUAGCACUUUUUCACUUUCAAAUUAUUAUUUUUGGCUUGGCGUGCACUUGCUGUCCAUUUGGUUCCUCAACAGCGCGAAUUUAAAGGCAAAUUUGCAAAUUUGUGGAUGUAAUUCUCUUUUCAGAUUGGCAUUUGAUGGGGAAGAACCACCUGAUCUUUUGAAAGACUGUUACAUUCGGGACAUACAUUGCAUAAGCUCUUUGCUCAAGAUGUACUUUAGGUAAGAACUCUUGAAGCAUCCCUUUUAACCUGUGUUGAGACCCGUUUCACCCCUCUUAGCGACAACUUUGUCUUCUUGUGUUCAUGUUAAGAAAUCCAGCCCAUAUAGUUUUUUCAAACUUGUUACUCGCAAUCCGUGUUUUAAAUCUUUUUGCAUCUAUAGCUUUCCUCUUUUCUUUUGUAUUUAGUCCCUCCUUUAAAGAAUUUUGCUUUAUUUACUUGGUUUGUGUAGGUGUAUGUGUUUUUAUGCGUCGUGUUGUUUUGUUUGUUUUGCUUCGUGGCUUCCUCUACUUUGACGACAGUUUUUCACGGUGUCGAAAUAGGUCUUUUGAAAAUUGGAACGAACUGAAAUCGUUGGGAGCAUGGGCUUGAGAGUCGCAACAAAAGUCACUUUACUUGUCAAGUAGACGACAUACAAUGUCGAAAAACUUCUGCCUUGUUCUUUAAUUUCCUCAGAGAGCUACCUAAUCCGUUGCUGACUUAUCAUCUCUACGACAAGUUUGUGGUAGGCUCAAGCUCAUUGUCGUACGUCUUUUUCCCUAUUAAUUAAGUUUUUUAAAUUUAUUUUAAAUUUCAUUGAUCAUCGUUAUCAUUAUCAUUUUUAUCAUCAUCACCAUCAUCAUCGUUAUCAUUAUUAUUAUUAGUACCUAGUUUAAUUAUAAUGGCGUUUCGAACACAAAGGGAGACAAAGUAAGUGUUAGAUUCCAUAGACGGAAAUGUGGUCGAAACAAUAACAAAAGUAACAAACUAAACGAAACUAAAUGAUGAAUUUUGGUAAUUGAGUAUUUGUUCGACCGUUGAUUGUUGCCUUACAAAAUAUUGCAUACACCCACAAUCCCGUAAUAAUAGAAUAUGCGAGUUGCAGAUUACCACUUCUAGCUGCAGUAUGUUCCUUCAAUUAGCAAUCUUGUUGCUCCUGAGUGGAAUCGAGUAGUCGCCUAAUCAAUGCCUCAAAGUCAGCGUUCUCUUCCGUGCUUCUAUUUCUUGUUCAAUAGAGACCUUCCAGGGGUACUGUUGGUGUGGCUGCUUUGAUUUCACAAUUAGCAUUUUCUUUGCCAUCGUAGUGUUGGGACAACGACAGACAUGACCGAUUAUUUAAGAUAUUGACUCCUGGUCACUAUUGUCUUAACAGUGUUCUGUAAUCUAUGCUUUUCAGACCGCCAUUCAUAUUUCUGAUGAACUGCAACGUCAGAUUGCUGUCCAUCACGUAGUUCAGCAACUUCCCCCUCCCCACUACAGAACACUGGAGUACUUGUUACGCCACUUGUCACAUGUCGCCUCGUUUUCGCCCCAGACUGGCAUGCAUGCGAAGAACCUGGCGAUAGUGUGGUCACCAAACCUCCUCCGACCCAUGUCGCUUGAUAGUGGAGGUGCGGCCCUUCUGCAAGUUAAUGUUCAAGCUGUUAUUGUCGAGUAUCUUAUUAAGAACGUUCACGUUUUUUUUGACGAGAAGGCGGCUGCCGCCGCCAUCGUGGCAAAUCCGCGAUAUUCUUCGGGUUCUUGGGAAAGACAACAAAAGAUCGUCGCUGAUUCAGGUAAAGAUGUUUGUCACGUUAAAUUGCUUGAUUUAUCGUGUGAAUAGCACGUUCGAUAUACAUGGCAACUUGUUUUAACCUUUUUCUAAUGAUAUUUUGUACUACACUCUCAUUUAAGAGAUUCGAGAUGACGGAAUAAUGUCCUAUAUAAAAUUACUCAGUACUACACUUGUGAAAAUCUUCUUGGAAACGUCUCGCAUGAGCUCAGUAGCCUUCAUGAGAUCUUUUCUUUCUGUUAUAAAUACAUAUUUGUAUUUAUAACAUGCCUUGCCCCACCUUUUUUUUAACCGUUUACAGCUUUGAAAAUCAUCAAAAUAUACUCUGCAAAAAAUGGCCUCGCGGGAAGCGUCAUUAUCGAUCACCGCCAUCUUCUCUUAGUAACGGACUUGUGGUGGUUGCAUUGAAGUGCUGGGCCUUACGCAGUCUGCUUCAGUCAAUAAUAUGGAGAAAACUCAUUAAGUAACCGUCAGGUAUUCAUUCAUUUCAGAUAUCGCUGGCGCUCCUUCCCUUGGUCCACGGAUGGCUUCGCUGUCUAUUUCCCCUCCUACGAAACUAAUAUCACUGGAAGAAGCCCGGGCACGUGCUCAGACCACGCCUUCUAGACCCUCAGGGAGGUUCAUUCGAGCCAAGUCGGUAGAGGAGCCUCAGCGGGUCGAGACCCCUGUGUACAGGACGUCAGUGGAGGUUCCCGCAAGACGGAAAACAAGUGAAGGAUCCAUGAGUGGACGUAAAUGGAAGACCUUUUUCAGUCACAAAGGGAAGAAUUUAGAGGCUCCAUCAUCAGUGGCCAAAGUCCAGGAAACGAGCCAAGGGACAUAUUUUACCGUCAUGCGUGAGCCCCGACCUCAGCGCGAGGUAGGUGUCGAAGUGCGCCAAGCACAGAGCGCAGAGAACGUCAAUGAGGUCUAUGUUGACUCACAACUGCGGCCUGCUCGGGCCAGACAUGUACGCAGUGAUGUAAAUCAUACUGCGAGGGAGAUAACAACUCCCGUGCACCAACCGGUUACUAUAUCAUUCACUCGUCAACCGGCGCGACAACGCGCACAAACCUCAAGCGAGAUGAACGUUACAAGACACCAUCCGGUAUUGACAAAGUUCAAACGUGUGUCAUCUGAUCAAACUGUCUUUUAUACAAAAGUCGAAUAUCACCCCGUGCGGACCAAUCAUCGAAGGGCAUCUACGGGUGGCGACGAGCCCGAGCUCUCCACCUUACGGAGACGAGAAAUACAACCCUCCGAGCAUUCUCGGCCCAUAUCCCAUUACGAGAAUCGUCCGAGGUCGAUUUACGAUAAUGAACCGACCCCUCAGCGAUAUUCCUCGCCGGUCUUCUCACAGAAUUGCCACACGAUAACCGAAGAACAACAUCGCUACUCGACGCCAGCAAACAUGGGCACCCCUCCCAUGAAGAAAUCAUCCAGACGUAGGCUGUCAGAUCAGCAGAUUGCUAUCACGGGAGCAAGGCUUGCCCAUGCGUCUGUUGUACCGUGCUCCAACAGCGGUAGGCCAAUGCAUUAACAGACUGUUGAAAGGCGCGAACUGCGGUUCACUGUCUUGCGGAAUCGUGGUCGUUCACCGAUUAUUUUUAAACGAGUAUUUGUUUUAGAAUACUCUUGGCUUCAUGCUGUUUACAAAAAGCAGCGUUAUCUCUGUCGGGAAAAUUCCUGGAACCUUAAACCUUUUUAGUUGACCGUUAAAGAGUGGUAGAUUUCGGCGCAAUUUUUCCUAAUCAUCAGCUUUACUAUCUCUAAAAACGAGGUAAACUAAAAAAAAUGACUCCUUCGUGGACAACGCCUUUGUCUUCACUUGAUGCAAACCAUGUCAGGUUUUCGUCACGAAUUAAACCCAAGUUAAAUACAAUCCAGGCAAUUUUCCUCGACGUUUACACUUAGCACAUUUUGAAUUAUUGGCCGAAGCAAAUUAGCAGUGCCCUACGAUAACUUGGAGUUAGUUUCAGCUGAUUUGGAAGCAACUGAACCUGUAAACCCAAGAAAGAAACAAAAGGCACGAAAUAGAAAACCAUUUCAAUCUGAUAUUUUUUAUUUAUGUGAGAAGAUAUUUUGACGUCUAAAGAAGAUAAAGUGUUUUAAUAUAAUUCGGAAGUGUUAAUAUUUGAAGAGUUGAUAACAGUAUUAUUUUGAGCCUCCUUGUUGAAUAUUUCUCUAACCUUAUUUUUGUCCUUCUUCUUUGGACUACCUCAUUAUUUAAUUAAAACCUUAUUGACAGGGAUUCGUGUUCAAGAAGAGCUUUAGAUUUUCAUUCAUCAAUGCUGUAUAAUACUCUUUAAAAAUGUUCACCCCGCAAAGUUUUAACAUGAUAUUACAUUUUCUUCUCAGCUCUUGUAAAUUAGCGAAAUGAGCUGAUAAAUAAAACACCGAUAAGAAGGGAAUCAACAGAGAGUGCAUUUGUAUUCUGUACAGGUUAACGAAACUCCGUUUGAUUUUUACCGGCCUCAUUUCAAAAUACAGCAAGUAAACGACUGAUAAUACAAUAAACGCACUGACCCUUAUGCAUACCCUUUGUAAAUAUGUAUGCGACACUAAACGCUCACUAAGCUUGAAUUAAAUUUUAAACGAAUACUUAUCGUAGUGGAAGUAAGGUUUGAAAAAUGGGAAAUACCACUCGGGUAGUAUCAUUGAAAAUCCCUCAGUUUCAGCAGAGGGAUAUUUGGUCACGUGACCAAACGCGCGCGGAGGAUAUCUCGAACUAAGGGCAUAAACGAAGCACUUAAAAGUGGCCAGAACCCAAAAGAGAGAAACAACCAAGUAAACAAACAAACAAAUACUUGCUUAAUAUACUGAACAUGACUGGAUGAUAUCAAUAUAACACAAACUUAGACAUUUUUGUCUUAAUCAGGGUAAAGAAAUGAAAGGGUUUUUGCAUUUUUAAACCUGAUUGACAAACACGCACUUUUCUGCCAUGAUACGAUGUUAGCUCAAAUUAGGGCGAGAAUCUUGAGGGGGUAUCAAUGAAAGAAAUUCACAUUUUCUUUCAAAAUGUCAGUGCUUCAUUUACUAAACUAUAGUUUUUGAAAAUCCCCUUUGGAAUACGAGAUGACCCAAAAUUAAUCCAUUACUGACACCCUAAUAUCAUUAUGCAUAUUCUCCAUACUGUUAUCUGUACAUUCCUAUGGUCCUGACAGGGAGAAUUUGUUUAAUAAGACUAGAGUGAUUUGAUCAGAUUGCAUGAUCAUUUUCUUCUUUCAUUUUUUAUUUGAUUCCCAAGUGAAACGGUAAGGAGAAAUCAGAUGCCAGUCACUUUAACCCGUUAUUCCUG